CCUAUACCAGCCAUGACGGACCAAGCCCCCGCUGACGUCCCUGUCGAGUCCCCCGCCGACUCCCCCGCCGACUCCCCCGCCCCCGAUGCCUCGGGCAAGACGCCCCGCAGCCAGCUCUCCAAGGGCAUGGAGCACAUGCGCUUCGCCGUGACCGUCGACCCCGCCACCCAGCAACCCUCGACGUACGGCGUGCCCGGCAGCAUCCAGCCGGUGCGCAAGCCCGCGUCGGCGCGCUCGCACGACCCGACCAACAACCAGAAGCGCAGCGACCCCUUCCAGUUCGGCAGCCGCUACCUCGAGGAAGGCGACAACAUCUUCGAGUUCAACGCGUGGGACCACGUCGAGACGGACGACACGUACAAGGAGUUUGCCGAGGAGCAGUACGCGCGGCAGCGCGAGAGCCCCGUCUCCGACUUCGACAAGGGCCGCUUCAACAAGGACCCCGCCAAGUGGUGGAACCUCUUCUACAAGAACAACACCAACAACUUCUUCAAGAACCGCAAGUGGCUGUUCCAAGAAUUCCCCAUCCUGGCCGAGCACACCAAGGCCGACAGCGCGCCGGCCGUCAUGCUCGAGGUCGGCGCCGGCGCCGGCAACACGGCCUACCCGAUCCUGGCCCUCAACGAGAACCCUAGCUUCAAGAUCCACGCGUGCGACUUCUCCAAGACGGCCGUCGACGUCAUCCGCACCAACGAGGCCUACGACCACGGCGCAAAGAUCCAGGCUGACGUGUGGGACGUGGCGGGCGAGGGCGAGCAGAGCCUCCCUCCCCACGUGGCCGAGAACAGCGUCGACGUCGUCCUCAUGAUCUUCAUCUUCUCCGCCCUGUCGCCCACUCAGUGGGCCCAGGCCGUGCGCAACAUCUACCGCGUGCUCAAGCCCGGUGGAUACGUCUUGUUCCGCGACUACGGGCGGGGCGACCUCGCCCAGGUCCGCUUCAAGAAGGGGCGUUACAUGGACGAGAACUUUUACGUGCGCGGCGACGGCACGCGGGUCUACUUUUUCGAGAAGGAGGAGCUGGAGCGCAUAUGGGGCGGGGAGAGCGAGGAGAAGAAAGAGACGGACGAGCCGUCUGCCAGCGAGCAGCAGUCCACCCCCGCGUUCGAUAUCGUGUCCAUCGGCGUCGACCGUCGCAUGCUGGUCAACCGCCAGCGCAAGCUCAAAAUGUACCGCUGCUGGAUGCAGGCCGUGUUCCGCAAGCCGGGCGGCGCGCCGCGCGAGCCUACUGCUGCCGCUGCCGUUGAAGCGGAGCCUAAGGCCGAGGCGACUUGA